AUGUUUACCAGAUCCAUUUUACAAAGGUUCACCAAGACCCCAGUCCAACAAUUGACCUCAUCCAUAGUACCAAAGAGAUCAUUCCAAAUCUCCGCCAAAUUGAUGAGCGGUGAUAUGCAAAACAUUUACGGUCACCCACAAGAAGGUGUUUACUCAAACUUGCCAUUCAAAGUCAAAGGUAGAAAGUUCAUUCCUUUCGCUGUAUGGUACUGGGGUGUCUUGGGUUUCUUUUUCGCUUUCCCAUUCUUGACCUCGACUUGGCAAAUUUACAAAUCAGGUGGUUUCAAUGCUAAAGACGAAUAA